AUGAACUCAAUAACAGACUACGACGCUCCCCUCACCUCCGAAACCACCGCCUCCGGCGGCGCGGUGGAACAAACAGUACCCAUCACCCUCACCACCUCCCUCGACCAAUACGCCAUCCCAUCAGGCCCGUACAUGGUCCCUGUCUCAUGGCGUCGUACACACCUAUCUACACUCGUCAACAAGCUUGUUGCCUCCUCCUCCACAGACUCUGCUGCAACCACAGUACCAUUUGACUUCAUCAUCGACUCUUCACUCCUCCGCACAAGUUUGGGAGAAUACCUUGAUACUCAAGGCCUCACUUCCGAAUCAACGCUAUCAAUCGAAUAUGUCCGCUCGACACUUCCUCCCACCCGCCUCGCUGCGUUUGAGCACGAUGAUUGGGUAGCUUCUGUCGAUUGCGGCCAUGCUGGUGGGGUGGGGUCGGUGUACAUGACUUCAGCAUACGAUGGAAGUGUGAGGUUGUUCUCACCGAGUAAUGCUGCGGAGGCAGAGCAUACCUUUUCGACGCUGAACAAGUCUACAGUUCAGGCGGGCAAGAAUGGAAGUUUGACUAGUGCGAAAUGGACUGCAAAAGCAGAUGCGAUUGUGACGGGUGGCAUGGACGGUAGGGUUCAGCUUUGGAAUGUAGCUCAGGGGGAGGAUGGAGAAUGGACGAGCUCAAGAAAGUGGGUCGGAGAAGCACACAAUGCUCCGAUCAGCGCGGUGGACACUGCACAAGGCCCAUCUGGAGCAAGUGUAUUGAGUGUCGGCUGGGAUGGAAUGGUUGCGCUGUGGGACGACAUUCCUUCUUCUUCCACUUCCGAUACCGUCGUCGAGUCUGAAUCCGAAGACAAUUCAGAGGACGAAGGUGCUUCUAAGCGCCGGAAAACCACCAAUGGUAAAAGCUCGAAAAGCUCGAAGACCACGCCGAGCAAAGCUGGCACCCAAUCACCAACUACAAUCCUAUGGCACGCCCAACCAACGUCCCACUCCAUAACCGGCGCUAAAAACGUCUUCACCCCCUCCUCUCGCAUUACUUCUGUCUUGUUUGAACGCUCCUUCUCUUCUUGCUCCCGUUCCUCCAAAGACGCCAACCGAGCAUGGACUUGCGGCUUCAACGGUCAACUAAAAGGCUGGGACCUUUCAUCCGGUGGUUUCGUCCACACCUCCCUCUCCCUUCCCACUUCUACCUCUUCCGAAAUUCGUCCUAUCAUCUCACUCACCCAUCUAGCGCCUUCCACCUUGGUCGCAGGAAGCAUGGAUAGAGGAAUCCACAUUUUCGACUCCCGACCUUCCACCUCGGGCGUACAAACCCUAGGUAUUGCCAUCAACAACGCCCAUAAAGGGCCCGUAGACGUGGUUUCUGCCCACCCAACAGACUCGCAUCUCUUUGCUAGUGGGAGCGGGAUGGAGGGUACUGUGAAGGUUUGGGACUCGAGAAGUUCUAAGAAGGCUCUAUUCAGUCUAGCAGUUGGUGAGCAGGGAGGAAAGAAAGGAGAGAAGGGUGUGUUGGGGCUUGACUGGUCUAAUGAUGGACAGGAGCUGGUUGCGGGAGGUAAGGAUAAGCGGAUUACCGUUUACAGAGGGUCGAAUAUCGGGGGUUCUGCCGAGAAGUAG